UUGUGUACUAGUUGCUGGCUGUGUACUAGUUGUUGUGUACUAGUUGCUAGUUGCUGGUUGCGUGUUGCUGGUUGCGUGAAGGUGUUCAGGUUUUGCCGCUCCAAGUGCCACAAGGGCUUCAAGAGGAAGCGAAAUCCCCGCCGGGUGCGUUGGACAAAGUCGUUCAGGCGGGCUGCCGGCAAGGAGCUCACCCUGGACAAUUGCUUUGAGUUUGAGAAGCGCAGGAACGUUCCAGUCAAGUAUGACCGGGAACUCUGGGAGAAGACAGUUGAGGCGAUGAAACGCGUUGUGGAGAUCAAGAGCAGGCGACAGGCACAGUUCAUCAAGAACCGGCUCUCGAAGGGCAAGGAACUGCGGGCCAAGGAUGAUCUUCGUCUGGUCCAGAAAGACAUCCAUCUCAUUCAAGCACCUCACGCAGAGAAAGAGCUGCAGCUGGAGGCGAAAUUGGAGGUUGCUGUUCGUGUGGCAGACACUCCGGUGGCAAUGGAGGAGAACGGAGAGUGACCACCACAACAACAACAACAACCACCACAACAACUACCACA